CCUCUUAUAAAGCCACAAUCCCCGUAAAUGUGAGUGGCGUGAGGGCCGUGACGUCAGGGCACCAGGGGGCUCUGCUGGAUCAUGUGACGAUCGAACACUCGCGAGCUGUCACCCCGCACCCCUGCACCUCGUUCUGCCUCAUAUUCCCCCAGGUUUGCAGUGAAAGGCGUCAUCAUGGCACCAACGGAGUACUGGCUCAUCUCUGCCCCUGGGGACAAGACCUGCCAGCAGACAUGGGAGAAGAUGAACAACCUCACGGCUGUCCAGAACCAGGUGUCCUCCAACCAUAAGUUCCACCUCCCAGACCUCAAGGUUGGCACGCUGGACCAGCUGGUGGGGCUGAGCGAUGACCUGGCCAAGCUGGACACGUAUGUGGAGGGUGUGACCCGCAAGAUGGCCGCCUACCUUGGCGAGGUGCUUGAGGACCAGCGUGACAAGCUUUCUGAAAACCUGCUGGCCAACCAGAUGGAUUUGGCCACCUAUCUGACACGCUUCCAGUGGGAGAUGGCAAAGUUUCCCAUCAAGCAGUCCCUUCGCGGCAUUGUGGACUCCAUUAACAACCAGGUCACCCAGAUUGAGCACGACCUCAAGUCCAAGUCUGCCAACUACAACAACCUCAAGUCCAACCUCGCCAACAUGGAGAGGAAGCAGACUGGCAGCCUGCUGACCCGCAACAUGGGUGACCUGGUGAAGAAGGAGGACUUUGUGCAGAACAGCGAGUACCUGGUGACCCUCCUGGUGGUGGUGCCCAAAGCCUUCUACCAUGACUGGCAUGCCAAGUACGAGAACCUGGCGGACAUGGUGGUGCCGCGCUCGUCCCGCCUCAUCUUCGAGGACCAUGACCACGGACUCUACACCGUCACCCUCUUCAACAAGGUGGUGGACGAGUACAAGCUCCACGCCAGGGAGAACAAGUUUAUCGUCAGAGAUUUCACCUACAAUGAGGAGGAGCUGACUGCAGGCAAGAACGAACUUUCCAAACUGAUCAAUGACAAGAAGAGAUACUUUGGUCCUCUGGUGCGCUGGCUCAAGGUGAACUUCAGCGAGUGCUUCAUCUGCUGGAUCCACGUCAAGGCCAUCAGAGUGUUCGUGGAGUCUGUGCUCAGGUACGGGCUGCCGGUGAACUUCCAGGCCAUUCUGAUCCACCCUCACAAGAAGAACAUCAAGAGGCUGAGGGACAUCCUGAACCAGCUGUACAGCCACCUGGACUCCUCGGCCACCGGGGGCGUGGGAGAGACCGUCGAUAUUCCAGGCCUGGGCUUCAACACCAGCGAGUAUUACCCUUACGUCUACUUCAAGAUCAACACGGACAUGAUUGGGGAGCACAGACCAUAGAGAGUUGUUAUUUAUUCAUGUGUGUGUGUCAGGGGUUCACGGAGACAGGAUCACAGAGGGAGGUUCGGGAGAAGGGUUGUUGAUGUCCAGUCCCGGCGCGAACAGAGAGUUUUAUCAUUCCCCUCCACUGUGUUAGGUGAGAAUGUUGUUAUUUCUUGUGCCUAAUGUUACGUGAAAUUAUUUAUGACACUGUAAAUGAGUCCUACACGUUUUAAUUUCCUGCACAAAGCCGAACAAUUUAUUACAGUGCUCCCAAUGCUCCCAAUUUGUGUACAGUUGUAAAAAGAAAAUCCACAGCCAUAUGUAAGUGUAGAAAGAGAGUUUUAUGUUAUGUGUUGUGGUCAUCCUGUGAGAGAGUUAUGUAGCAUAUGUAUUAGUGUGUCGUGGAGAAGUGUACAUUCCACAUUCUC